CUUUGAACAAAAGAUUUAUAACGUCAUUUCUGCCUAAACAAAGCUAACGCAUAAUUGCUACAUGCUGCCGCAAUUGCUAAUUAACGUGGACAGGGAUAAUUGGAGGUUGUUGUUAAUCACCUAAUCAGGGGCAAGCUUUUGUUUACAAUUAAUUUGGCAUCAAUUCAACUCAAUGGAAGACUUCAUUCCUUCCUCUUUCAAUUUUCUUGGAACGAGAAUGGCGUUGUUCAAGGCAGCUUCGAAGCAUUUCGUGAAAAGUGCUGGGAAUUCAAGCUUGCAUAAUGUGCCUGACCUAAGUUCAGCUGAUAGAUUCAAUGUCUUGUGCCUUGUUUACAGAAAGAGGUCAUUUUGGCCCUGGAAAAAGCCAAAAAUUUUACAAACCAUGGUGACGUUGAGCGAUCUGUUCGAGAAGCCCCUUUCCACUGCCGAGCUUAUAUCAUCAAAGGUUGUAGCAGAAGGCUAUAAAGAUACACCUAAAUUCAAUGCAGAUGGUGAUAUCGGUGCUAAAAUUGCAUCUGAACUUGAUAUUGACCUUAGCAUGACUGACAAAUUCUCUCUGACAGUUGAUUUUGGAGAUGUGAUGAAGACUGAAGUAAACUGGGAACAGUUAGAGAGAGAGCUAGCAAAAUCUUUAGUGAAUAGCAGUCAUGAGAUAUUUCAACAAUUGCAUGAGAUGAAAAGGUCUUCACUUUGUGUUGUUCUGGAGUCAUUGUCAUGCAAGAAAGAUGCAUCAUUGGAUGAAGAAAGUGAUAUGACAGAGAAAGGAAAAGUAAGUGCAAACAUUCCAAAGAUCUCAACUGUUUCUGUUGAUGUUCACAUGCAAGGUGAAGCAGAAGAAGUCUCUCACCAUUCUUAUAAUAUUCCUGCUGGCACAGUAAUUGCUUUUAGCUGCAAUAAAUUGGACCUGAACUCUAGUGGAUUCCUUUCUAUGCAUGUUGGUGUAGACAAGGUUGAUAACCAAGAAGGGAAAUAUGCAGAUGCUAGCGAUAAAAGCCAAUGUAUCAAAGCUGAAUUAGCACCAUUGGUAGAGUCAAAGGAUGUUUCAGAUAUUAAGGCGGCUGUGAUGAAUAUAUUGAAAAAGCCACAAACUUUGGAUGACAUGCUUGAGCUAGUAAGGGAGCAUUUAUUUUCUCAUAAUAAAAAUCUGCAUAUUGUGCCUGCAACAUAA